AUGGGAGAGAAAAGCGAGUAUCCACCACGUAUGUCAACAUCAUCUCCAGUAGACUCUGCUGGGUCAAUUGGAGAGAAUGAAGCUAAUGUAACAAUAGAGGGUGGUUUUGUUCAGUUAAUUCCAACAAAGACACCUAAAGAUGAAGAAGAGAGAGCCAUCUCAAAGGACAGCGUUCUGUCUAACUCAGCAUCCAUGAUAGCUCUGAGGGAUGAGUUUAUUAGAGAUCAUAACAUAUUACUAGCUCUCUCCACUCAUGGACCAAUUAAAUCUUUUAGUUAUCGUAGAUUGGGCUAUUUGGACUCUCGUUUUCAUCUUCAUGUGAUGUUGAAUGAAAUAAGAGAAAUAAGAGCUCAAAAAGGAGUGCCUCAUAGAGAUUUCUAUAACGUUAGAAAGGUUGAUACUCAUAUCCAUGCAUCUUCUUGCAUGAACCAAAAGCCUCUUCGUUUUAUUAAAAAGAAAAUCAAGGAAUGUGCUGGUGAGGUUGUUAUAAACAGUAAAGGAAGACAUUUAACACUUGCUCAAGUGUUUGAACAACUUAAUUUGAGAGCUUAUGAUCUGAAUGUUGAUAAUCUAGAUGUCCAUGCUGAUCGCAAUACAUUUCAUCGUUUUGACAAGUUCAAUUCAAAAUAUAAUCCUAUUGGAGAAAGCAAACUGCGGGAAAUCUUUAUCAAAACAGAUAAUGACAUUGGGGGACGUUACUUUGCUCAAGCUUUUUAGGAAGUGAUGGAAGAUCUUGUCGAAAGUAAGUACCAAAAUGCUGAGUUACGUAUCUCCGUAUAUGGGCGUAGCCGAGAUGAGUGGGACAAAUUAGCAAAUUGGGCAGUGGAACACUCAAUGUUUUGUGAUAAUGUACGCUGGUUAAUACAAGUACCUCGCAUUUAUGAUAUUUACAAAGAGCAGGCAUCUUUGGACAAUUUUCAGCAAAUUUUGGAGAACCUCUUCUUGCCGAUGUUUGAGGCCACACUUAAUCCUUCAUCUCAUCCCAACUUGAGCAAGUUUUUAAAUCAAGUGAUAGGUUUUGAUAGUGUUGAUGAUGAGAGCAAGCCUGAGGGUCACUUUUUCCAGCCUUCAACACGACCCGCCCACUGGACCAUAGGUGACAAUCCUCCCUAUGCGUAUUAUCUUUUUUACAUGUUUGCUAACAUCACCAUGUUGAAUAAAUUAAGAAAAAUAAGAGGUAUGAAUACCUUUGCACUUCGUCCACAUUGUGGUGAAGCUGGCCCUGCACAUCAUCUUGUCACAGCGUUCAUGUUAGGUCAAAACAUUUCUCAUGGUCUUCUACUACGAAAAGUUCCUACUCUACAAUAUCUUUAUUACUUGGCUCAAAUGGGUAUUGCUAUGUCACCGCUUAGCAACAACUCACUGUUUCUAGAUUAUCAUCGUAAUCCUAUAUUACAGUACUUCCAACGUGGACUGCUAGUAUCUCUCUCUACUGAUGAUCCAUUGCAAUUCCAUUAUACUAAAGAGCCACUUAUGGAAGAGUAUAGUAUCGCUGCUCUAUGGAAGCUUAGUCCAUGUGACAUGUGUGAACUAGCUAGAAACUCAGUACUUAUGAGUGGAUUUGAACAUGCUGUCAAACAGUAUUGGUUAGGUGCUCAUUAUGGUGAGGAGGGUCCAGGAGGUAACGAUAUUACACGAACCAAUGUUCCUAAUGUUCGUGUGGCAUACCGUCAUGAAACUUUAGUUGAUGAACUAAAGCACAUUCUUCAUGGACAUGAGUAA